AUCAUCUCCUCCCAUCUCUUGCCUCUCCAGCUCGUCCUUACACGUCUAAGGACUACUUACCUUUUCGAUUGUAUUGCGCUUUCGGGGACUUGCGCCAUGGGGGGAUUAGACGCACUCCGGCAGUUUAAUUUGCUCAAAUGGCUCAGAGAGGAGAGACAAUCGAGGAAACUGAUUCUCUUCAUUGUUUUUGUCGCUCUGCUUCUGGACAACAUGCUGCUGACGGUGGUCGUUCCCAUCAUUCCCAGCUACCUGUACACUCUGGAUGAGUCGACAGACGUGCUUAAGAACAACACGGCACCGAAGCAGGAUUCUCCAGCUUCCUUCCAAAGCAUUGUGUCCUUAUACGAUAACACUGUUAGGUUGUCUGGGUUCAACACCACAGCUAGGACUACUGACCUGCUCCCUCUGACCCCUACUGGUACACAGCUCCCACCAAACUCAACCGACUGCCCCCGCUCCACCAACAAGCUGAUUAAUGAAAAUGUCAAAGUAGGAAUGCUGUUUGCUUCCAAGGCCACCGUGCAGCUGAUUACCAACCCGUUUGUAGGGCCAAUCACAAACAGGAUAGGAUACCAGCUUCCCAUAUUUGCUGGCUUCUGUAUAAUGUUCAUCUCUACUAUCAUGUUUGCCUUCUCAUCGAGCUACGCUCUGCUGUUUGUGGCCAGAUCGCUUCAAGGCGUGGGUUCGUCCUGCUCAUCUGUGGCGGGGAUGGGAAUGCUCGCCAGUGUGUACACAGAUGAUGAGGAGAGAGGUCAUGCCAUUGGCAUUGCCUUGGGAGGUUUGGCAUUAGGAGUGUUAGUUGGACCCCCAUUUGGCAGUGUGAUGUAUGAGUUUGUUGGGAAAACAGCUCCUUUCCUUAUUUUGGCAUUCUUGGCUCUGUUUGAUGGAGCUCUGCAGCUUUUUAUUCUUCAGCCCACCAAGGUGACACCAGAGAGUCAGAAGGGAACCCCACUGCUGACACUGAUGAAGGAUCCAUAUAUAAUAAUAGCAGCAGGUGCCAUUUGUUUUGGAAAUAUGGCUAUUGGCAUGAUGGAGCCAACUGUGCCAAUCUGGAUGAUGGAGACCAUGUGUGCCAGGAAAUGGCAGCUAGGCGUUGCUUUCUUACCAGCAUCCAUCUCCUACCUUAUUGGAACCAACAUCUUUGGCACGUUUGCACACAAAAUGGGGAGAUGGCUUUGUGCUCUUAUUGGAAUGGUUGUGGUUGGGAUCAGUGUAAUAUGUGUUCCCUUUGCUAGAGACAUCUAUGGUCUGAUUCUUCCUAACUUUGGUGUUGGUUUUGCCAUUGGCAUGGUGGAUUCCUCUAUGAUGCCUAUAAUGGGUUACUUGGUGGACCUGCGGCACGUGUCUGUUUAUGGAAGUGUGUAUGCGAUUGCUGAUGUAGCUUUCUGCCUGGGAUUUGCAAUAGGUCCAUCUAUUGGAGGUUCCAUUGCUGAAAGUAUUGGCUUCCCUUGGCUGAUGACCAUCAUUGGAAUAGUGGAUAUAAUAUUUGCUCCUCUCUGCAUCUUUCUGAGGAACCCACCAGGACAAGAAGAGAAAAUUGCGAUUUUAAUGGACACAAACUGUUCAAUGAAGACGAGAUCGUACUCUACUCAGGGGGCAUACUACCAGGGUGAAGACAUGGAUCCAGAAUAUGACGAUUAUGAUUAACAGGACCCCAGCCAUGCAGGGUAACCCUUCAGAGGAUCUAUUUUGUUGUACAAAAAGAAGGAAUAGAAGAAAAUCACAGCAAAUGAAACGAAACAGCCAAGAUAUUUCCACGUGAAUGUCCUGCAUUCAAUCGUCACUGUUCACUGUCUUCUUAGCAGUUGUACUGGAGCAAACCAAAGUUGUCCUUUAUCUGUGGUCUCAAGCGCAUUGUGUUGCACGUAUUUUGUUUAGCCAACAGCCUUAUUCGAUGGGAGCAAAACACCUUUUAGGUGCAGUUUGCUGAGCUGUCUUUAUCCAUGUACUGGACAUUCAGUUUUAACAUAACAGCCCUGGGUAUUAGUGUCAGAUUUAGGUGUGUAACUUGGUAUUAAAAAUGGGGAUUUGUGCGAUAAGUGGAGUUUGUCAAAAUCCAGGAGGAUUUGUCAGACGAUUUCUUUUGAUAUUUCCAUGAAAGGCCUCCCCUGCACCGCUGCUGUAGAUGACCUGUGUCAGGAAGUUACUUAGAUGAGGAAUGUAUUCUUAAACACAUUAUCAAUACAUGUUUAUCCUUCUAGCAAGAACACAGACUGCAUGUUUUUAGAAUCUCUGCAACCUUCAAUGAUAAAAGUCAAUUAGAAUAAAGCCCAUGUCCAGAUUACACCAGUGCUACCAGCAUAUACCACAGCUUAGUCACACGCAUACUUUAGCACAACAGCAUGGACCCCGUCUUGGGGCUCUGGUCUGCAAUGGUCGGCUUACUAAUAGAAAUAAACAUGUUACAAAAAGUCUUUACAACUAUUUUCCUCAUUCACAACAGACGUAUGAGGUACUUUUUAAAUAAUGUACACAUUAUUGUGUGAAUGCUUUGAUGAAAGGCGACCCUACACAGGUCCUGUUCAUGCUGCUGGUGAAGCAUUUGUCUGCUCUGGCGGAAACCAAUCUCCAGGUUCUGCCCUACCUUCAAAGCCUAUUAGACAGUUUAUAUGGUUUAUGGAUGCAACUUGCUAACCACUCUAGCUAGCACUGAUUUCACUCAUAUGGACAAAAGUACUGUGUUGCUGACACAUUACCCCUGCAUACUGUGCUCAGCCAUGGAAACCAGUUACUGAGUGUUGAUUUUUACACAGUAGCAUUCAGUGACUCCCGACUGUAACUUUACCUGUUACACUGUGGCUGAGCUGCUGUAACCAUAGCGACUCUUAACUCUGGAGGGGAGAGGUUUGAGUUUAUACACCUGUGGCAUUGUCACUGAAAACACCUGGAUUCCAAUACUUUUGUCCAUAUGGCUCCAAAACAGCAAACCUCUACGUGUGAGUCGGGAAAAUAACAAUGGCAUCAUGAAGGCUGUGUCCAUAUGUGGACAGUUCGCUGUAGGCAGAAGAGCAGAGUUGUAAGAAGACACAUUGGACCUUUAUGCUUUCUAUUGCCUCAAAACUGCCAGUGUAGUUUCAUACUGAUUAAUAAAUCAGUGUCUGCAGCAAAAGAUUUGGACUAAUUACUGUUGCUUUAAAUGUUCCAGUCUGACUGGCAUCUGAGAAGUGCUCGUUAUAUGUCAUAGUUUUGGCAAACGAAGAGCACCAACGUCCGUUUGGACACAGUUUGGUUUGUAAUGUUAACUGGACUCAGGUCUGGGCUCCUUCUAAUGGCUCAGUGCAUACUGGGACUAUGAGCUGGAUGACUUCAUAAACACUGACACAAUCCUGACUUUAACCGUAAGCUCUUCACUUUAUAAAAUAGUGUAAAAAUGCAUAAUUGCAAGACUUUGUUGGGCGCAGAGUUUUAUGUGUACUGGAAUAUAUUUAUUAGAACAAAAAUUCAAAACAGACAGAAGGAAACUGAUUUAAAAUAAAACUUUAAUUCAUUCAUUUCUGAAGGGAACCAGAUGAAGCAUACAGAUCCUGUUGGACAACACAACAGCAUGCAGUUUCUGCACUGAUUUUUAUUGUGGCCAAUAGUGGAAGCAGCAGCAUUUUGAUUGACAGUUAGAAGCGUGUAACCAGCUGCGGUUGAGUAUGGGGUAGGGUUGUUUCCUGGUGACCUUGCCCUGAGCCUUUCUGAGCCAUCAUUAAUGUUGUUUCUUACAUCUGUGCUUCCUGUGCUGUGUCAAAAUAUCAGUUAUGGAAAAGACAAGAAGUCUGUGUUGAGAAGCUGUAUCUGUUUAGUACAAUCACAACGAGCUCCACCAGAGCAGAGGACUAGGUCAGCAUACUGGAGAACAUGUUUAUUGUUGGCUUUGAUAUGUUGGCAGCUGGCAGCAGCUGUGUGCUAUACUGCUAACCUAGAAACACUUGUGAUUGCAGCGAUGUGCUCCUGCAUUCUGCUGGCUUGUAUGUAUGAAGUGCAUCUGCAACAAGAACUAGCAAAUACAAGCAUCCGUGAGUCAGGAUUGUAAGAUCGUAAGCUUCAUGUGUAGCAGUGACAAUGACAGCGUGAGGCAAGAGGGCGUGGCCACAUUUAAAUCAGGUACAGAAUGCGACUCAUGACGCAGUGUGACUGGACGUCAUUCACAAUCAUCAUUCGUUUAUAGGUGAGCCCAGAAACAUCCGAGUUUGUAAUGAUAAUAACGAAUCCUUAAUUAAAUUGCUUGAUAGAAAAUAAAAACACAUGCACAGGGUCACUUCAAGUCAAAUUUAUUUGUACGGCUCUAUUUAGACAUGAGGUAAAUCAGAGCGUGUUCACAGAGGGAAAGAAAGUUUAAAACAUACGAUAGUGUGUAUGAUGUGCACGCUGUGUACUCGACACAGCGUGCACAUCAUACAGUACUAUACCGGGUCAAGAACAUAAGCUACCUUCAGCUGCUGAUGCACAACGGAUGGACCGUUUGAUCUGACGCAGACAGUCUUGGCAGUGGCAGGCAUCCCCUCACACUCUUGAACCUCGAUGUGUUAACCACUACACUAUGGAGCAAUGGUGUGAAUGUUAUAUUAGAAGUGCAGAACUGGACUGACCUUCUAUUACAAGCUUAAUUCAUCCCAACUGAAAGCAAAGACAGAGAAACGUCUGUAUCAUGACAGCGUAGCUGAGCUUACAGGAUAACUAGCUUGUGCAACAAAUGAUUAUUGAAUGCAAGCUGGAUUCAGUGCAGUUUUUGGCUCCGCCCCGUAACCUUUGAACCAUCAUGAGAUUAUGUCUUAAGAUAGAUGACAGAUCAUUUUUUGUUUCUUUGUAGUAUAGCGCUGUUUGUCAAAAUGUUUGUAAAACUACAAACUAAUUAGUUGUUACAUUUUGAUGGCCUUGUUUCUUAAAAAGGUUCUUGUAAUGUUUAUGGUGUUUAUAAUGUACUGAAUCUUGUGCCAUAUGCUUUUUCUUUUUCCUCUUUCUGAACUGUGAAAACCUGUACUAGAUUUAAGCAAGAGUAAAACACUACCAUUAAUAUAAACCAUCUAGACUUGUUUAUCCAGAACGGGCCUCGCUGGACUGAGCUGGGAUCAACACGCCCAACACUCCUCUCUGAACUCUAACGACCAAUCUACGAGUCGUUUCUGGGUAUUUUUGUGCACGUUUUGUGGUUUUGGUCAGAAUCUAUUGAAAAUAUGUCACUUUGUCAGUCUUAUAUGUAUUUGACUGGAUUGUUUUUCAUACUUGUGGGAACACCAUAUGCUCUAUUAAAUGUUGUAUACUGUGCAAAAGCAGUUUUCUCCGUAAAGACGACACCUCCAAAUAUCUGGACGGCAGGAUUUUCUGCACAAUUAAC